CAAAAAACCAGCAUUGCCACAAAGUCUCCGUGGGAGUAGGGCUGUGGAAGGGCAGCAGUUUCUGCUCAGGGACAGAAUUUGCCGCUUAACCUGAUUGACAAGGCUGUCGUGUUAUGACGACCCCCAACAAAGGAAACAAGGCCUUGAAGGUGAAGCGGGAGCCAGGCGAGAAUGGGACCAGCUUGACAGAUGAGGAGCUGGUGACCAUGUCUGUGCGGGAGCUGAACCAGCAUCUACGGGGCCUGUCGAAGGAGGAGAUCAUCCAGCUGAAGCAGCGUCGGCGCACGCUGAAGAACCGGGGCUACGCGGCCAGCUGCAGAGUCAAGCGUGUUACCCAGAAGGAGGAACUGGAGAAGCAGAAGGCAGAGCUGCAGCAAGAAGUGGAGAAGCUGGCCUCUGAGAAUGCCAGCAUGAAAAUGGAACUCGAUGCUCUCCGCUCCAAAUACGAGGCUCUCCAGAACUUCGCCAGAACCGUGGCCCGGAGCCCUGUGACCCCUGCGCGGGGUCCUCUCACCUCCAGUAUGGGGCCCCUCGUCCCCGGCAAGGUUGCUACUACUAGCGUCAUCACAAUAGUGAAAUCCAAAACGGACGCCCGGUCUUAGUGAAGCGAGUGUUGCCUGAGCUUGUCUGUGCAGGGCAAUUAGGCACAAAACCAGCCUGGAAUCCCCAAAGCACAAACCCUCCCCACAUGGGUCCGGGUUCCUUCUACUUGGCCCAGGACUGGCCUGCUGAUCACUCCAGUUUUAUUUUGUUGUGUCCAGAUUGGUAUGAGCAGUGGUGACGCGUCCCUUGUCCUUUGCAGACAGAGCCUCCCACCCAGCGGUCUGUAGCCCUCGGGCGCCCUUGGGACAGACUGCGAGAUCUUGGUUUUUUAGCCAAAGAAAGUCUGUGCAGCGUGGCCGACGGCAGGGUGACGGAAGGGCUCGGGGAAGGUCCGGAGGGAGGCUUUCUUCCCGGGGGCCGGGAACCCUAAUUUUUGGUCACUUCCAAAGGCUUUACUUCAUUACUCUUCCAGGUGGUGCAUCUCGGUGCCUGACUGCCAGGCACCUCAACCUGCUGCUUUUGUCUCAUUUGGUACCCGUAGUUGCAGUUGGGGUGUUCUGUGUGAUAGGUUUUUAUUCCUUUCUAGGUGUGCCUCUGUGCCCUAACAGUGGGUUUCCUUCAGACGUCCGUUGCGUUAGCCAUGUAAACUAGCCGUGGUGGAAAGGAAGAUGCUGUCGUGCCCUGCUGCCUCUGCCCCAGGGAUGGGGAAGGAGCCGGGACAGGGCCCCCGCAGGGGCCCAACACCCCAGGGGAGGGAGGGAAGGUACCGUGUUGGCUGCAGGCCGGUUUUGUGCCUAAUGUGUUGCACUGAACAAGACCAAAAUCACUAGUUGUUCCCGUGUUUUGAGGGUAUCAAGUGUCGCUAGUGUGAUGGUUUACACAACCAGUUUAUGUGGUUAAAUAGCCCUUUAUUUAAAGAGAGAAACAUCAUUUUAAGAGUUAUUAAAUUAUCUAAGUUUAAAAUUAAAAUCAGACAGAAGAGAGAGCGUAUUUAUAGUCAGCUUUUUUAUCUGAGAGGGCGAGAAUAUUUGACCAUAUAAAUGGGGAAAUAUUCUCGGAGACUUUGCUAGUUAAAAGUUAAUAAAUAAAUAAUUUUAAAGUUUCUCAUGAACCUCCCGCAAACUGUUUGUUGCUCUGAGGUUAGUAUUUAUAAAGAGUUAUCAGACUUUAUUUAUAAAACUUAGAAAAAGACAAAAAAAGAGGCAAGUCCUGUUUGAUAUCUUUUUGCAAUUGUACCAAAAGUGACUUAUUCUCGACCUUGCUGGCUUCCGUUGUGUCCCCUUGUGUUGCGCUCUCUGUGCUCUCUGAGCUCUUGCGUGGCGCUGUGGUGUGGUGGUGCCAGUGGCUGCCUUUGCCAUGUGCUGUCGUUUCAUGCUGCCGUCGUUUUUCCCUAAGCUCGACCGAGAGAUUGAGUUGGAAUCUCUCCGAAUUCUCCAGAAGGAUUCUGGCACACAGGCAGAGGUGCUGCUGUUCUUGAAGGCAAAACCGAAUGGCUGGUGCAACUAAGUAGUGAUGCCUGCCCAGAAAACACUUCUCUGCAGAGGCGUGCUGCAGGAGCACGGGCAGCUCGGGCCUCUUGCUGAGCAGCCGACACCGGGUGGCUCAAGUUGCCUGAAUGGGGAAAACGUUGCGCUUUCCUUCCUCCAGCGAAGGCGGUAGAGAAGUAAGACAAGGGAGAAUUGUCCAAGUUUAGGAGGAGACCGAUGGGAUUUAACUCUGGAAUUGGACCCUGUGGUCAGAACUUGUGUUGCUCUUGCAGCUCGUCUGACAAGAGGGGCAAGUCUGCCUGCCUUCUGGGCAGCGCGGGACCAGCGCUAGUCCCGAGUGUCUGCGUAUUACUGAAAAUUGAGCUGUGGCAUGGUUACUGUCUUUCCUGGUGCAGCUUCUGUCUGUGGGUGUUGGAAGAGUGCGUAGACUUACAGCUGUGUGACACAGCUGAGAAGCUAUUUGUGGCCAGGCUCCAUUUCCACAAACACUUUGAUCCCCCUCUCCCCUCCCCAGAGAUUUGAGCUGAUUAAUGAGUUGUUUUAGAGAAGCAGGACGUGGGGGUGAAGUCCGUGUGAUCUCCUGGCUGCUGAAAGUCUCCUGAGCGGAGGGGACAGACCAGGAUGGCACAAGUGAAACCGCAGUCUUGCGGGGAGGCAUGGUUCACCAUACUGGGUGGUUUUUGGUGAUGUGUUUCUCGCGUAGCUGAACUGAUACUGCUGUCCUCUGGGCUGAGAAGCAGGUAAACCCGAUGAAAGCUGCAACGUGGCAGGAGAGGAGCAGAUAGUUGGUGGGGAUUUCCUGCUGGAGGGGGAGAUCAGCUUUGCUCUGAUUGACUGGGAGUUUAGGGAGAAGCUGUUUGGGAUGCUUUUCCCAGUGAACUUUCUGAACGAGGAGUGGGUUAGAACAUCGCCUCCAGGCUUCCCCCUCCCAGCCCUGGGCUUUCUCUUCUCUGAGCUGAAGUGUCCGACAUGCCGCUUCCCAGCCGUUCACCGGAUGGGCUACGCACUGAGCAGCGCUCAGCACAGAGCUCUGGGCUCUAACCUUUGUCUUCCAGCUGGUGACGUGGUGCCUGGAAGAGGUGAGAUGUUCCAAAACAUGGAGACCUCCGGUUGGCCUGGGGUGUCAGUCCCAACCCUGUCCCUCCUGGAGCCAGCCUGAGAUUGAACCUGCCUAGAGAGCCAUUCUGAAUCCGGCUGGAGGCCUGACCUCAGCAGGGUGAGCAGCCAAGGUUUUGUGUAUGGGGCUGGUUAGGAACUGAGCUCCAGGGGCUGGAGGCUGUGGUGUGAGGAGGGUCCCAUCAACAGAGCAGGCGAUGACGGGCAAUCCUGCAGCCAUGGUGAACUUGCUUCCGUUGUACUCUGCAGCAAGGAAUGUCCGGGUCCUUCCCUGCCUGCUGGGUGGCAGCCGUGCUGUUGCCGGUAAGAGGCUGCACUGCUUUGGAGUGAGACCGUGAGUCAGGAGGACAGAGCAGGCGGCAGCACUGACUCCACCAGAUGUUAACGCUGUUGUUUCUCCUCCCCUGUGCUGUGCUUGCUAGGUUGUGGCCCCAGCCUGCUUCGAGUGGCCGAGUGUGUUCGAUGAGGACACGUUGUGUAGGGGGUGCAUGUUUGCAGGUCCUUUGCAGGUGCAAAGCCAUGGCUGAAGGGCACCCGUGUGGUAAACAAGCUCUGCAGGUGCUGGGCGGGAUGUCAGCGGGGACGCGGUCCCCUCGUGAGUGCUGCUUCCCUAUGCUAGCGCGUUGGUUUUGGUUUUGUUCUUGGUGAAGUGUUGGACCCCGAGUGACGUAUUUCCGCAGUGUCCAAGGAGUCUCCCGUCCUGCUCCGGGGGACCCGGUCCCCCGCCAGCUGGCUUCCUCUUCCCCGUGCGAGGCGACCCCUGCCCCGAGCCGUCACGCUGACCUCUCUCUCGUAUAUAGCGUUCUGGAGUGUGACAGUUCUUGUUCCUGAGGUGCUCGUCCGUUUGGUUUCCUGCUGUGAAGGGUGUCGUGUUUUCUUUCUCCUUUUCC